AUGUUCGCCUAUGCUUCGUUGCUAGGAAUUGCCAAAGCUAAUGGGUAUAUCCCAUACUUCCCUUCCUCUCAUCCGCUGACCAGUAUCUUUUCCUUAAGUAAAAUCCAGUCUGGCAAUGCAGAAUGCCUGCAAACUGUGUUUGAUGAUCGGCCUUGUUCGUACAACUCUGAAUUUAUGAAUCUUCCUCCGGGAAAUAUUUCUAUUAGAGGGUAUAUUCAGUCUUGGAAAUACUUUCGACUUAUGGAAAAAGAAAUCAGAAAAGAAUUUACGCUGAAUAAAUUUGUUAGGACGAGGGCUACGCUUGAUUUUACAAGCUAUGUUGGUAAAUUUGUUCGAGAUGGGCGGCCUGUUGUUGGUGUUCAUGUGAGGCGAGGAGAUGUAUUAAAGCCAGAAGCAAGAAAAUUAGGUUUCUGUCAUGCUCCAAAGUCAUACUUAGACAAUGCUAUGAAAUAUAUGCUACGAAAAUACCCGAAUGCCGUAUUCUUAGUUACAUCAGAUGAUAUUGAAUGGUGUAUAGAAAAUGUUAUACCACCAAAAUUGAGUGACAUCUUUGAUAGCAAAGAAUCUUUACACAAAUUCACAAACAGUUCCAAAAUUAAAAAAUUUCAAGAUAAAGUGCCAGUAGUUUUUUCAAAAGGACGAGAUCCUUGGUCAGAUUUUUCUGUUCUGUCUUUGUGUAACCAUUCCAUAAUUACUGUAGGGACAUUUGGCUGGUGGUCUGCCUGGCUGGCAAAUGGCCAUGUUGUAUACUAUAAGAAUGUUCCGUUGCCAGGUACUAAAUUGGAUUAUGAGCUGACCAAAGAGGAUUACUUUCCUGCACACUGGGUGGCCUUGUAA